CUAUCUUUCCUUUCCUUCACUCCCAUUCUCUUUUCUUGCUUUCUGGCUCUGUUAAUGGCACUUCAAUGACUCUCUCACUCUGUCACAGAACCAGAACCUCCUCCAACAUUCCACCUUCAACGCUGUUCAAAGCUUCUUCACUUCCACAUGGCCCCUACUGCAUCUUCUCCACCACCCACCUUCGCUCUCUCCAUCAGGGACGACGAAAUGGAUGCCAAAUCAGACGACAGCAAGUGCGCUUACCUCAUGGUAGCUCUCUGCCCUUGUCUCGUUUGCUUCAUUAUCCUCUUAAUCGCGCUUUCCAUCAUUCUCGUUGUCAAAUUCCAUUUCUUCUGCCACACCCCUUUGCAUUCAUUGCUCUUCAAAAAGUCAUGCUCAUAGGGAGUUUUUCUCGGUUACCCAUUUCUCGUUUUGGACAAAAGUUUCCGUUUUUGGGGUUUGCUAGUGUUAGUGGGGAUGAUGAUGAUGAUGAUGGUUCUGGGGUUGAAUCUGAUAUUGAGGAAGGUGAUGGUAGAGGUGUUGGUGGUGGGUCAUGUGCAGAUCCUGAUGAGGUUGAUAGGGUAUGCAAGGUGAUUGAUGAAUUGUUUGCAUUAGAUAGGAACAUGGAGGCUGUUCUUGAUGAAUGUGGGGUGAAGUUAUCACAUGAUUUGGUUGUUGAUGUGUUGCAAAGGUUUAAACAUGCUAGGAAGCCAGCAUUUAGGUUCUUUUGUUGGGCAGGGCAGCGGCCGGGGUUCGCGCAUGAUUCCAGGACUUAUAACUCCAUGAUGGGUAUUCUGGGGAAGACUAGACAAUUUGAGACAAUGGUAGCAAUGCUUGAGGAAAUGGGUGAGAAGGGUCUUUUGACGAUGGAGACAUUCUCCAUUGCUAUCAAAGCAUUUGCUUUGGCAAAGGAAAGGAAAAAAGCUGUUGGGAUCUUUGAUCUGAUGAAGAAGCAUAAAUUUAAAGUGGGUGUUGAUGCUGUUAAUUUCUUGCUUGGUAGUCUUGUCGCUGCAAAGCUCGGUAAAGAAGCGCAAGUUGUUUUUGAGAAAAUGAAAGAUAGAUUUGAACACAACUUACAAACUUACACCAUACUUCUUAAUGGUUGGUGCAGGGUUAAAAACUUGUUGGAGGCAGGGAGGGUGUGGAAUGAGAUGAUUGAUAAGGGGUUUAAGCCAGAUAUUGUUGCGCAUAAUAUUAUGCUUGAAGGGUUGAUAAAGUGUAAGAAGAAGUCUGAUGGCAUUAAGCUAUUUGAAGUCAUGAAAGCUAAAGGUCCAUCGCCGAAUGUCCGGAGUUAUACAAUUAUGAUUCAGGAUUUCUGCAAACAAAAGAUGAUGAGAGAAGCUGUUGAGUAUUAUGAUGAUAUGGUAGAUCGUGGGUGUCAACCUGAUGCUGUACUUUACACGUCUUUAAUCACUGGUUUUGGGAAGCAGAAGAAAAUGGAUGUGGUGCAUGAUCUUCUGAAGGAAAUGAGGGAAAAAGGCUGUCCACCUGAUGGGAGGACCUACAACGCUCUGAUAAAACUUAUGGUAAUCCAACAUAUGCCAGAUGAUGCAGCAAGAAUAUACAAGAAAAUGAUUCACAGUGGCAUCCAACCAACAAUCCACACUUACAACAUGAUGAUGAAAUCCUACUUUGUGACUAAAAAUUAUGAAAUGGGUCAUGCGGUUUGGGAUGAGAUGCAUCAUAAGGGGUGCUGUCCUGAUGAUAAUUCCUACACUGUAUUCAUUGGUUCGCUUAUACGGCAGGGAAUGCCAGAUGAGGCAUGUAAAUAUUUAGAGGAAAUGAUGGAGAAGGGGAUGAAAGCUCCUCAGCUUGAUUAUAACAAGUUUGGUGCUGAUUUUUCUAAAACUGGGAAUCCUGUCAUACUUGAGGAGUUAGCUCGAAAGAUGAACUUGGCCGGUAAGUUUGAAGUGUCCAAUGUCUUGGCCAGUUGGGCUGACAUGAUGAAUAAAAGUGCCAAGAAAAGAGAGCCUUUAAAAUCCAGUAGUCAUUUUUCAUGAUUACUGAUUGCGUUGCAUGCAGGAAAAUCCCAAGGACGUUGAUCAACACAAUUAGUCCGAGCUAUUAGUGAAUUUCUAUGUAUUCUAGUUUUUAUGGAAACUUCUUGUGUGCCCUCGCAAAUUAGAAAAUUCUUAGCACUUUAUUUUGUAUAUAGCUAUUGAUUGAAACUUACCCAGUGUUGUAUAAUGGCUUGUACCAGUUUGAAUGAAAAAGUCGAUUGAUCCUUAUUGGAGUUUAUCUCGA